GAACACGAAGGAGUGAUCCAGCCGGUGCGGUUCACGGGACGCGUCCUGCAUGAUGCUGAGCUCAAGUACCACAUUGCUGAGAAGGAAGUUCUGGCCGUCAUUCGGGUUCUUCGAACAUCCAAGGCCCUGAUCGAAGGCUGUCCACUCGUGGUGUACACACGAUACUCGGUGUUGAAGUGGGUGAUCGGGUCCAAGACUGCGGAUGGGCGAACUGUGCCAUGGGGCGUCGCUUUAUCACAGUACGACCUGGACAUCCGGAAGGUACAGAAGGAUGAAGACGGUUUGUCUGCCAUCCUGGGUGCUGGUAUAACACCCAGAGAACAUUUGGACGAGAUUGCCGAAUCUCUGAUUCCGGUCAAGGAACGUAUCAAGGCAUCCCCAGUGGACCUUGUUGUCGUAGGUGACUCGAGGAUCGUGAUCCAGCAAGUUCAAGGACUGAUUAACUGCAACCAGCCUAAUCGGCAACGGAGACUGGCUGAGUGCGAAGUGCUACGGAAGAGAUUCAAGACAGUCAGGCUGGUGCACGUCAAACGUGACUUCAAUCAGGCAGCUGACUACUUAACAUCCAAGACACUCGCUCUCGGGGAGUCUUGGAUGGUUCAAGAUGACGAAGAAAUCCGUCACCUGGAAGUCGUGUCCAGAAUCCAGGAACAGCGGACGAAGCGGCCAGAGGUGGUCCAGGAUGCAGAAGUGGGCGUCCAGAAGGUGAACGAUGAGGAAGUCCUGACCAGCGAUGUUCCAGAGCCUGACUUAGGUGCUUGUCCUGAAAGUAACAUCCUAAACCCGGACUCAAGCCGAUGCUCAGGGGCGCCCACCCAUGGGACCCUUGGAAUAUCAGGCGGAACGUUGGAGGCGGAUUAA